AUGAAUAUAUAUAAAAAUUUCAAAAUUAAUUUAUCAUUAGUUGUUCUCGGGGUUGUAAAUAUACAAGUACAAUCUCAUUGUGGUGGCGUCAAUCCCUAUUUGUCUCCAGUUCAAUUUAAUAAUCAUAUAUUUAGAAGAAUGUUGUCUGUCAAUGAAUCUGAUGAUGUUGUUGUUGAGACACCAAUUGAAGAAACAUUUAAUAAGAAGAAUGAACCUAUUGAUGAAAAAUUUGAAGAAUGGUUUUAUUCUAAUGGUGGAGAACAAACCGUAGAACAAUUAUUAAGUAAGACAGGUGAUGCCGUUUGUCAUGGUUUUGGUAGUUGUGUAGCAAAACGUGCUAAUAGUUUAUUAAGAUUAUGUAAUAUUAAGAAUGAGGAAAAUAUAUUAAAUGAUAAUGAUUUAUUAAAUCAAUACUUGAAUGGAGAUGUAUUAAAUAUAUUCAAUGAAAACAAAUCAUUAUUUAAAGAUUUAUUAAAUGAAGAUAUAUGUAAUACAAAGAUUUAUAUAUAUAUAUUAUUAUUUAAUUUUGUUAUUUUUUCUGGAAUUUUACAAAUUAUAAUAAAUAAAGAAAUAUCAUUACUGGGAAAUGAAUCCGAAGAAACCAAUAAAUUAUUAGCUCUAUGGAAAAGAGUGGUGAAAAAUGAAGAAAGCAAAUAUAACCUUUUAAAAAGAAAUUUAUAUCAACAUUAUUUGAAACUAAGAAAUAAAAGUAGAUUACCGAUUGAUACAUUGAAUAACAUAUUAAAUGAAUGUAAUAUGGUAGUUAAGAAAUAUAAUAAUAAUUAUGAUAAGACGCUUAAUGAAAAAUUUCAAGGAUGGUCAACAGUUACUCCUCAUAAUAUAUUUGAAUUUAAAAUGUUUGUAAUGGCUUGUAGAUUAACAUGGAGAAGAAUAAUAAAAAAAGUACAUACAGAAUAUACAGAAUUAUUAAAAAUAUCAUUCAAAUAA